AUGACCUCGUCCUCCUCCGCCGCCGCCCUCCGGUCCGCCUUAACAGUCAUCACCACCUGCUCCAUCUCGGCCUGCGCCAACGCUCUUUUACUUCGUGACAGCCAUCCGCUGAACAUCCACACGGCUGCCGUCGUCGCCAGAAGAACGACUCGCCUUCCCACCACAACAAGCACAAACACAGCCCUCCAACUGGCCCUCCAGAAGCAGCUUUGCGAUCGGCAUCGGACCACCCGUACUCGCCGCCCCUGCGCCUCCACCUUCACUCCCUAUCAUCGACCAAACAUUGACACAACAACGACAACAAUAACAACAAUACAUUCGUUCAUCACUGCUACUACUACUACUGCUAUUCAUCAUCAGCAAGCCAUAUAUCUAGGGACGGCUCAUAGCCACUUUCGACGGGAGGAGAACUCCCUCGUCAUGGCACAUAUCGUUUCACCCCACAACAGCUUUGGUCAGGUCGCAAUGCAGUCCGCGCCCCUUCCCCGCCGAACUUCCUCGCUGCGAUCUCGUGCUCGUCGUGGGAAAAGCACAGAUGACACCGAGCUUCGACACGUACCCGACGAAGCCAUUGCCACAGCUCUCGCCCAUUCCGAUGACGUGAUUGAGAACCGCUCUUCACGGUCAGCUUCCACUGCGUCCCGGACCACUCAUCGACUUUCCCUAACACUUCCGAUUGCGCCGCCAAACCCGAAUCCCUCGCGACCCAUACCGACCUCGACGACCACCGCCUCCUUUCCACCAACCCCUUUUGAUACCCCGGCAAUCACGUCCCCUGCCGAUUCCAAUGACUUCAUUACUGCCAUUGCAGCACAAGAGCGACGCGUUCUCGAGCUUCGCGAAGAACUUUCCCGUGCCGAGUCGGACUUGGCCAAGCUGAAAAAACAGUGGGCGACCCAUGAAGCAUACAAGAAACGAGGCGAACGGCCGUUGCGCCCUGUUGGUCCGGUCCCAACUUUCCAAGACGAUGAGGCAACAAAAAGGGCUGUGGAACUGGACAGGAGAAAAGUGCUGCUACAAAGUCUACAGAAUCAGAAUCAACCCCUUCCCGAGAAUGGGCGCCGUCGUGUAUUUCAGGGAGGACAUGCGCGCACGCUAUCACUGCUGUCCCCCACAAAACCGAGUAGUGACUUCCGCGAUGGGUCAGAAAAUAGUCGCAAUGUUGCCUUCAGCCCAUCACACCGGCCAAAACACCAAUCCUGGGCACCACAAACCGCAUCACAAACUGUUGGGGUCAAAGGGAUCGCUCAGGAUCUCAGGCAGGGAUUGUGGACUUUUAUGGAAGAUCUGAGGCAGGCUACCGUGGGGGACGAGCCGAUUACCGGACAGGGCAUGUACAUAAGAGGCGCGGAUGGCAAGUUGAGCAUGACGCCUAUGCCAAAUGGCGGCGCGGCCUCUUCCUCCAGCCGCACGGGAACGCAAGAUGCAUACAAGCCAUCCGGUCUGAACACCCCGAGGAAUCGAUCUUCAACGGCAUUCGAUUGGGCACCCGCCGCGCCCACAUCACGAUCUACCAGCCCUCAAAAGGAAGCCCAGGAUUCGGCAGCCGAUACGGCACUGAAAUCUCCUUCGCGACCAGCCCCAGCACUGAUGCGAUCCAAAACAGAUGCAUCCAAGUCAUCUAAGCGAUUUUCUUGGACUCCUCUGACGAUGGAAUCGGUGGACGACAACGACUGGUCAAACUGGGAAACUGCAGGAACUGCAACAUCCACAAGAUGGAGUGGAACCACCGUGAACGGCGACAUCAUCCCAUCAACAACCUCCGAAAAGCGAACCGAGAACGACACAUCUCUGUAA